AUGACAGCACAGAUUCUGGCGGCUGAGCUAGGGAAUCUCAUUCAAGACUCCAAACGUAAGAACGCGGAGCUAAAGAACGCGGCCGAGAAAGCACUUCACGACCUGAAAUCGCUUCCAGUGACAUCCGAGGCGCAACUUUCCGCUGGCAAGUUUUACUGCCAUGAUGUGCAGUUAAAAAUCUUGCAGAUCCUGCCGUCACUUGUGCAGAACUAUCCGACUGAGGUCCGUAGUGAUGCUCUGGCCACUGUCUUACAAACUUGUUCCGCGCUUCAAAAUGCCAAGAAUUUUGCAGUCAGCAACACGGCCGCAGCGACACUGCAACAGCUGGUUAUAGCCGUAUUCGAUAGGGUUGUAAUAGAGGAUGAGAAGUCACUCGAGAUACCCGCAGUUAGCGACGUGCCUGCAGACGACGGUACUGUCUCGGUCAGACCAGCGGCUCACGAUGCGCUGAAGGUAUUUAACGACUUGAACCUUCUUCUUACAGGCGAAAAGACAACCUUUGUACGAUUCUCCCCAUUGCCAUCUACAACUACCCUCGAGGUCAUUGAAGCGAUACUAUCCAAUCACGCCAAGAUCAUGACAACGCAUGCGGAACAUACACAUGUUCUUCGUUCCUUGCUUAUGCCGACUAUUAUUCGCUCGCUUUCUGAUCGAUUGUCUUUCCCUAUCACGCUACGAAUCAUCCGGAUACUGAAUUUACUCAUUCGCAACCACCUCACAAUCAUGCCUUCAGAAUGCGAGAUUGCCCUUGGCCUAUUAAACCAUAUGCUUGACCCAGAAGCGUCAAGCUCUUGGAAACGAGCAUUGUGCUUAGAAGUAUUUCGCGGCAUAUAUUCAGAUUCUCGCCUUCUAUUACAGAUAUAUUCACAUUUUGAUGAACAAGAGGGAAAGAAGAACAUAUUCGGAGAUAACUUGGCGUCUUUCGUUCGCUUGGCCACCGAAAAACCUGCCGUGAUCGGGCUUGGACAGCAGUCAUCGCUUCCAGCGAAUCGCAAUGACGGCAAAGACAUUGCUUCUGAUCAAGCUGUCGCCGAAGCCGGAGCUCUCGCUGGUAUGAUAGGCGGUCCUACGAACGAGAACAGCGGGAACAACCAUCAUGCAGGUAUCAGCUCCCAAUGGAGUAAUCUCAAGACACCCUGUAUUGAACAUCUCGACAAGGCGGAGCCACCACCUAUGCCGGAGACGUACAUCUAUAGCUUGGUCUUGACAUGCAUUACAAACGUUUCUGAGAGCUUGGCCAAGUUUGUCCUGCCUCUUACCGUGCACCACGAAACGAAGAGCAAGAGGAAGACCAAAGCCGAAGAAUAUGUAACACCUGGAGGAGACCCAGCGUCGCCACCUUCAUCUUCACGGAAAUUGUCGCGAACCCAAUCUUUUCGGAAGAAGACAAUCCCAGUCAACCCACUGUCUCUCGAAGAGCACCCUGCCUAUGCAUAUAUACAGACGUCAGCCACACUAGUCACAGAGUGUUGGCCUGCAAUACUCGCGACAUGCUCGACAUUUCUCAAUGCAGCGCUGGAUGCUGAUUAUUACCGAGCUCUAGUACGGGCUAUACAGAAGGUCACACAGGUUGCUGGUCUGCUCGUGCUCCCGACACCUCGAGACGCAUUCCUGACGACUCUGGCUAAAGCAGCUGUUCCUUCGAGUAUGGUUAUGGCCAAUGUCACGUCGCCAAAAUUGCCACCCGCUGAACAGACAGGCUCGAAAGGGUUGCUGAAUGUCGACAGUCUGGUCAGCCAGGCAGCAUCAGCACUGGAUAAAAAUCGGCGCCCGUCGCACGAAGUGAAUCAUUUGCCGAUGCUAGGUGCUCGAAACCUUCUUUGUCUUCGGGCAUUGCUCAACCUUGCUAUUGCUCUUGGACCCACGCUUCAUUCAGCUUGGUCAAUAGUUUUUGAGACUCUUCAGGUAGCAGACCUAGUGAUGGCGUACUCAAGCCAGGGUGGACAGAGAACACCAGUCUCUGGAGCCCGAACCGAGGCGGACAUUUCUGAGAAGAUCGAAAAUGAGACCUCGGCUGUACAAUCAGCAGCUCGUAGACUUUUCGAGAGCACGGCGGACUUUCCUAAUGAGUCUUUUGUAGAAGUUUUACAAGCGCUAUGCGGGCUUAUCCAGACUAGUAGCGACAACACACCGAGCGGCGAGCAGACACCAUCCAACGCUGUACGGCCGAAGGUCCUUCACCAGCGACGACUAGGGAGCGUUUCUGGCAUGUCGUUGAGUACUGACGCAAAUUCGCGAGAUUCGGCCUUCGCGCUCAACAAAAUUGGGGAGCUUGCUGGCCUCAAUGAAGAAAGACUUGCCAGUUACCUGCCUGAUGAUAGCGGCUGGGAUGUUCUUGUGACUGAACUUGUCCAUUACUCAGCCAACCAUCGCAAUGCAACCCAAACUAGGCUACUCGCUGCAGACAUUCUAUGCCGCACGGUAAAGGACAUCGCGCAGUCAUCCAUCCCAGAUGAAGAACGCGAAGAGGUCCAAGUCCGGAUUCUUUCCGCUUUAGAGACGCAAAUAUCAUCAUUGCAUCAAAAUGAUAACGAGGAUGGCUCGUUCUCUGAUGCUGACAUCCGAAUUCAUCAGAUAGCGCUUGCUGCGCUCAAGAGUGUUAUCGAACAGUGCGGCGAAUCGUUGAUAGCUGGAUGGGUAUCCGUGUUCGAUAGUUUGUUGAGUGUUUUCUCUGCGAAUUCAGCCUCUGAGGGGAACAACACAACGUCUACCGAGCUUGCGUUGAUCCCAGUCGCUGUCGAAGUCAUCUCAAAAACCUUAGCGAGGACAGCUUUUGGAACGGUCCAGCUCAUCUGUUCUGACUUCCUGGCUGUUGUGCCCGACACUUCGCUACCAACGCUGCUUGAGCUUUUACUCAAAUUCUCUUGUCAGCAGGAGGAUUUGAAUAUGUCCCUCACUGCCGUUACCUUCUUCUGGAAUGUAUCGGACUUCUUACAUGCUAGAAGCGAUCUAUCGCAAUUACCAAGCAUAGCAGACGUCAGUGCAAAUGGGGAUGAUGUUCAGCAAACUAUCAAGUUGAAGUCAAAGGAAGGCAUAGCUCCGGCACUGUGGCUCCAAGUUCUCGUAGAUUUGUCUACUAUAACAACAGACCGGCGCGCAGAGCUCCGUAACUCUGCAAUCCAUACCAUUCAGCGCAUUUUCGAGAACUAUGUCGAUCAGCUGUCUCCUGACGCAUGGAUGCUGUGCCUUCGCAGCGUACUGUUUGGUAUGGUAAAUGCCAAUCUAUCUGUCCAAAUUCGAAUACGAACAGAUGCUCUGAACACGGACGAUGAGGUUGCGGCGUGGAACGGUACCACAAAGACCGUACUUCACUCUAUAAGCAAGUCGAUUUCGAUGUACAUGGACAAAGUGGAAGAUGCGACUAGCUUAGGACUUGCCUGGGCCGACCUCUUGGACCUUCUUCAAAAAUACUUCGAUUGCGGUUCGCAUGCUCUUGGCGCCUCCGUCUUCAAUACCAUCACUGAAGUCCUCUCUCGGGCAGGCAAUGCACAGGCAGUGGGUACCAUGCCUUUGCUGAAAACAGCUACAGUGUGGAAGACCUAUUUUGAGCGACGCGAAAUGUGGCACAACAAUUCGGAAGAUAAUCAAGAAGCCUUCAUUGCAUAUGCUGCAGCUUUCAAGGCUAUUUACCGAUUGGCUGAUAAGUUCCUGAAGUCUGAGGAUUUGAUCCAGAUGCUACGCAAUCUUGAAGCCUGUGUAGUCGCCUCAGAUGAUAUACCAUACUCAUCAGACGUUGACAACAUGACAGCACUCCAGUCCCAAGUAAUAGAGUGCUUUUCUUUGGUGCACACUGAAAGCGAGGGACUUCCUGAGUAUCUUCUACGAACUCUCAGUAGCUUCGUUACGCUCCCCUACUCAAGGAAACCAGAGCAACCGGGGCCUACAUUUGUUGCACUCGCCAAAGAGUCGAUGGCGCUACUGCACACCAUCGUCACCAAACACGUCUCUGAUCACGAGAUCUACACUGACGGUGCACUUCUCGCUGUUCUCACGAGUCUGGAGAAACCUGUUCGAGAAAAAUACUUGUGGCAGCGAGAAGGCAAGCCUCCAACCCUCUGGCAGAAGGCCACUUUGACUGCUGUCGCUGUUCUUGAGACCACCCUUUCACAUAUCGAAGAGUUGGAAGGUGAAGCGCUCCAACCCACCUGGACCCAAAUCACCGCCAUAAUCAACGGCGUCAUCCGCGCACAACUCUCCAUCUACCCUUCAACCCUCCAAAAAGAUGAGACCUUCGACAUCUCAGCAUUCACUCAGCUUAAAUCUCUCGUCACCCUUCCUCUCGGUUCUCCCUCCCUCCCAGACGCCCUCCGGCGUACCCACACCCGCAACCUCUUCGAAACCUCCCUACUCCACGCUCCCUUCGACGACGAGAUCCCCGACCUCGCCUCCUCCCCGCUCGAAGAUCUCUACAAAGUACGUCUUGGUCGUACAGAUGCUCCCACGCCCACAUUCCGCCCAGACAUGUCCUACACCGCUCUUUCCGAGCUCUUCGCUCUUGUUGCGCAUCAGGAUAGCCACGCGGAAGAUAGGCCCGCACGCGUCAAACUUGCGCAAGCCGCAGCACCGUACCUUAUCUUGCGCUGUGCGUUGCCCCUGCGCGCCUACAUUGCCGACCACCCGCUCCGAGGCCGCAUGCCGCAGCCCGAGAGCCAGCGGCAGGAGCUCCUGUUCGUGCUGCGUGAGCUAGGGAAGCUAAAAAGCGAGCCGGCAAGUAUUCCUGAUGCCGAGGGUGUGAAGAGCAAAUUCGGGAAGCAUUUGCACAGGCUGUAUCCGCUGUUUAUUCGAGCACUUGGGGUGAGCAGGGGAGAUGGAGAGGUGUUUUCGGGCUUGGUAAAGUUGGUGGACAGAGUAGGUGGAGAGUUCGGCGUGGAUGACGAGUAG